AUGCGAGUAAUUGAUAUACCCGAUGGACACAUGUUUGUUGGUAUUCCUGGAAAUCGACGCAUGCCCUCUGGCACCUGUUUACACAGCACAUUUCUGACAACUGUCGAGGGGAACUCUGAAAAACUUUUUGUUCUCGCAUCUGGUGCUAAUUCUGAUGGUAGUUUUUCGGGACCUCAUAUUUACAGAAUUCCAAAAGACUCAGCUCUAGUUCUAACUCGCACAGGAAAUAUUCAGUUGUUAGACAAAGCUGCUCUUGUUGUUCCGGUUCGUUCAAUGGAGCAUUCUCAUUCUAUCAGUCCACCUAACUCUCCUGUUCACGAAUCGGGAACACAUCCUGUCGUGUCAUCCGUGUAUGUCCGAAAGUUACCUAUUCCUUCAGACGUUGAUGCACUAAGCUUUGAUGAUGUUCUUGCCCUUUUAAUGGCACUGCGUGAUGCACCACAUGGUGCCAUGCAAUCACAUCACUUAAAUAUGAUUGGACCUGAAUCUUUAAGCCGCCGAUCAUCUGCUGCUACGACUGUACUCCCUGCAUCACCUAAUUACUACUCGACACAAAUACAAGCUGUCCCUGCAUCUGGAAUGAAUCCUAACCAGUCGUCACUAACCGUAACGAAUCAGCAACAAGUGCAAAGCUCACUUCAGUCUGAGUUAAAUACAGCAUCCCAGUUUUCAAUCCCUAUUUCUAUUGGUCAACAACCAAUUAAUCAAUUGGCAGGCACAGUUAAUUCACGGCUUUCUCUACCUGAUCAAAUUCAAUCACUUAUUCAGUCUGUGAACCAACAAUUUUCUCUACAAUCACUUCCGUAUUCUGCUGUAAAAAGUGGUACUACACAUAUAAAUCAAACAAAUUUGUCAACAGAUAAUAUGCAGCCAGUUCAAUCUAUCGUUGCUCAAAACCAAUUAUCUUUACCGCUCAAAAAUAUGUUUUCACAACAACAGUUAUUACAGGAUCAAAUGUUAGUAAACAAUCAAACUCAAGGCAAUCCAUCCUGUUUACCGAGUUUACAGUCACAAAAUCAGCAGCAACAACAACAGUCCACCGUAUUUCCACAGUCACAUACCCAGGCUCAGUCAAAUUCUAGUCAAUCAAAAGAUUCACAACAUCAAACAGUUGUGCAACCAAAUACACAACAACUCUUACAACUAUUAUCAGCCCUUAACACUCUACAAAAUUUAGACCAGGUACCUCAGUUACUUUCGAAUCUUCUAAAGACUUCGAGUCAGUUCGUUAGUCCAGCACUUAAAUCAUCCGCAGGUUCCGGAGCUGUUGGCACUGCUCCAAGUGUUGGUGUAGUUCGACAUUCUAGACAAGUUUCUCCUCCAGUAUCAACACAACCUGUAACUCUUUCUUCAACUCAGUCUCAAACAAAUCAUAUUCCCCAACGGUUUAAUAGUGUUGCAUAUCCCUCUGUAUCUAAUGCAGGAGUAUGCGCAGCCAGUGUGAACUCUUUGCCUGAUUUAUUGGGUCGUUUACUAUCCUCUGCAGCUGCCAACUCCGAAUGGCUUAGUGUCAGUGAAGUUCAAAAACAUCAAGGUAUUCAAAUACAUCCCUCGUUUGCGCAAAGUAAUCUCUCAUCAUGUGGAUCCACUCUGGAAAAUCAAGAGAGUUUGAAUAUUCAAUCUGCAGUAAAAACAUCGACAGUUCAAGGUGGUGGAAUUCUCACAUCUCAAUCAUCACAGCCUAAUCAACAGCAGCAACAGUUAAUCCAAAUACCAACACAUCAGCAGUCAACUCAAAUGCAGUCUCAGUUACAACAUUCUCAGUUAACUCAUUGUCAGCAGCAACCGCCUCAAAUGUCCGGACAAAUUCAACAACUAACUCAGCUGCAGCCAACGCCACAGCCGGCCCAAAUACAACAACAACAAACGUCUCAAAUAUUAUCUCAGAUACCAUCACUUCAGGUACAACAACAAACACCUGUUAAUCCUCAAAUACAAACACAUCAAAUACACCAACAACAAGCAUCUCAGAUUCCAUUGCAACAACAAGGUACACAGUCUCAGACACUACAAACAUCACAACAACAGCAAUCCUCUAAUCAACCUCAUAUCACACAACCUAUUGCUGGGCAGCAACAGUUUCAGUAUAAUUCACAGCAGUGGCAACAACCACAACAUUCAUUAAAUGUCAUGCCAAAAUUAUCUUCUCCUUUGCCAAUCAAAGACAGAAAUCAACAACAAUUAUCUUUAUCUACUGCUCAUUCAUACCUGAAUCAAAUUUUACCCGAGUUGGCAAAUGCUAUACGCUUAGUCCAACAAACUCCUGAUAAUAAUAGUGCUGGUUUUCUCCCUUUAGAUGUUCAGAAUAAAUUACUCACUCUUCUACAACAACAACAGGUUCAAAACCAACCUCCUCACCUAUCAGUUCAAGAAUUACCGUUCAAUUUCACAGGGACAAAUACCAUAUUUCCUACUUGUGUAGCCGUAAAUAAUAGUACUAAUCAAAUUUUAAAUGUCCACCCUUCAUCAAGCAGUUCGAAACUGCCUAUUCCUUCUAAUUCGAAUUUCGCUUCUUUAAAUCGGUUUAUUGUCACAGCUUCUAAUAUAUCAACGUCUAAUCCGAUAUGUACUGCUAUAACCUCCAGUUCAACACAUGACCAUGUAGCAUUACCUGUUGAUGUGACUAAAGAUAUUAACAAUGUUGAAUAUCCCCUUACUAGUCUACCAACUGAACAGCCAAGCAUCACUUCAACAAGACCUGUGAAUGCAUCAGGAACAACCGUUGCUAACAAGUUUACAGUGGCUCCUGCAAAUCUGGAAGAUGAUGAUACAGGUGCUUCGACGAUCUCUCAAAUAUCUGGACCCAUUCAACUGCAUCAAGCUCCACCUCCAAGACCGCCUAGACAACAACGUGCCUAUUCUGCUUCAGUAGUUGGAGUACACGUAACAAAUGAUUCACCAGGGCAUGCAUCGAUGGCGGUUAGUGGGACAAAUGUCAGUUUGAUACCUAAUAUGAAUCAAGCUAUGCCUACCUCCGCCUAUCGGAUCAGCGACAAAUGUCAAUCAACUUCUAAUGUUCCAUCAGCAAACAAGAUUGAGAAUAUACCCUUACAAACUGGCCCAUCAACUGUAACUUUUCCAACUACUACAUUAACCGUUACGCUACCUCGAACUCAGAACCUUCCUCCUCAUCAAACUAAGUCAUCUGUUCCGAAUAUAACAACUGCCAUUCCGUCAAAUGUAGUUCAUUUAUCUACUUCUGUAAUUCCUGCCUCUAAUGUAACUAAUCCAAUUCAAUCUGGAUCUCAAAUUUCAACUACAAAGUGA